AUGAUAAAGGAUAUAGAAGCUGCUGUGGAAGACAACUUAUACUGGGAAUGCCGGGCAAGUGGUAAACCCAAGCCAUCAUACCGAUGGCUGAAGAACGGAGAUGGCCUGAUAGUGGAGGAAAGAGUGCAGAUAGAUAAUGGGGCUCUUUCAAUAGCAGUCCUAAAUGUGAAUGAUUCCGGCAUGUAUCAGUGCAUAGCAGAAAAUAAACAUGGGCUCAUCUAUUCCAGCGCAGAACUCAAAGUUGUUGCAUCUGCUCCAGACUUUUCUAAGAAUCCGAUGAAGAAGCUGAUUCAGGUUCAAAUAGGCAGCCUGGUUAUAUUUGAUUGUAAACCAAAGGCAUCUCCCAAGGCACAUUGCUCUUGGAAGAAAGGAGAUGAAAUACUGCAAUCAAGUGAAAGGACAGCUAUUUUAAAGGAUGGAGGACUCCAGAUAGCCAAUGUAACUAAGUUGGAUGUUGGAACUUAUACUUGUAUAGCUGAGAACCAAUUUGGGAAAGCAAGCAGCUCUACAAAUUUAGUGGUUACAGAGCCCACAAGAAUAACAUUGGCACCGUCCAACAUGGAUGUUUCUGUUGGAGAAAGUGUGAUCCUGCCUUGCCAAGUUCAGCAUGAUCCCCUUUUAGAUAUCGUGUUUACUUGGUAUUUUAAUGGAGCCAUCACAGAUUUUAAGAAAGAUGGAUCUCAUUUUGAGAAAGUAGGUGGGAGUUCUUCAGGUGAUUUGAUGAUUCGGAACAUUCAGCUCAAACACAGCGGGAAAUAUGUUUGCAUGGUACAAACAGAAGUAGACAGUGUUUCAUCUGCAGCAGACCUGAUAGUAAGAGGUUCUCCUGGGCCACCAGAAAGUGUAAAGGUGGAUGAAAUAACAGACACCACGGCCCAACUGUCCUGGAAAGAAGGUACCGACAAUCAUAGCCCAGUCACCUCCUACGUCAUUCAAGCUCGGACACCUUUCUCAGUGGGCUGGCAAAUAGUUACAACAGUGCCUGACAUCAUCGAUGGAAAAAUGUUCACAGCCACAGUGGUGGACUUAAAUCCUUGGGUGGAAUAUGAAUUCCGUGUUGUAGCCAAUAACAAAAUUGGAGGUGGGGAACCAAGUUUACCCUCAGAAAAAGUAAGAACUGAAGAGGCAGUUCCAGAAGUACCCCCUUCAGAAGUAAGUGGAGGAGGUGGAAGUCGGUCAGAACUGGUGAUCACUUGGGAUCCAGUCCCCGAGGAAUUACAGAAUGGUGAAGGUUUUGGCUAUGUUGUUGCCUUCAGACCUCUCGGUGUUACCACGUGGAUCCAGACGGUGGUUACAUCUCCCGAUACACCAAGAUAUGUUUUUAGGAAUGAAAGUAUCCUCUCUUUUUCACCCUAUGAAGUAAAAGUUGGUGUCUAUAACAACAAAGGUGAAGGGCCAUUUAGCCCAGUGACAACUGUUUUCUCUGCAGAAGAAGAACCUACAGUAGCUCCAUCUCAUGUCUUGGCCAGUAGCCUCUCUUCGUCAAUAAUUGAAGUUUCCUGGGAUGCCAUUCCUUGGAAAAUGAGCAGCGGGCGGUUACUGGGUUACGAGAUUCGCUAUUGGAAUAAUGGAGGCAAAGAAGAUUCAUCGAACAGAGUCAAGGUCAUGGGGAAUGAGACAUCGGCCCGACUCCAGGGCCUGCAGAGCAACUUAGUAUAUUAUACUGCUGUCCGAGCAUACAACAGUGCUGGGACUGGGCCUUUCAGUGCCACUGUGAAUGCAACCACAAAGAAAAUGCCACCUAGUCAACCACCAGGGAAUGUUGUCUGGAAUGCCACGGAGUCUAAGGUGUUAAUUAAUUGGGAACAAGUUAAAGCGAUGGACAAUGAAUCCGAAGUAACUGGAUAUAAAGUGCUUUACAGGACAAGCAGCCAAAAUAAUAUGAAUAUACUGAACACCAAUAAAACUUCGGCUGAACUUUUGCUGCCUAUUAAUGAAGACUAUAUUAUUGAGGUAAAGGCAUCGACGGAUGGUGGAGAUGGCACUGGCAGUGAGCAGAUCAGGAUCCCAAGGAUAACAAAUAUGGAUGCAAGAGGGUCUGGUUCAGCAGUCUGGAAUGCCUACCCCUUCUUAUCAAGCUGCAUAACCAUACUACCCGUAUUUCUUGUGAAGACUCUUUGGUGA